AUGACAGAGCGCACCUUCCGCAGCCCAUCUCCAGGACGAAAUCCGAGCCCCCCGGACCCGAACGCGCCGCCCGUCCCUUCGCUCCCAAAGAACGUGCCGCAGUCCAGCGUUGUGCACCGACGUGCCUCGAGCCUCGAGCCGCUAAAUCGCGGAGGCGGAGCAUCGCCUUCGCAGCGAGGAAACGGUCGCGGCGUGAGCCUUGACAGAGGCAGCGGGCCAAGCACCGGCGGACGCGGACAGCGCGCGACGAGCAACCUUGCGCAGGUGGUCGAAGACGAACACGACGCCGCGCAGAGGUCUUCCGUCAACUUCUCGCGCCCCAUGUCUCCCGCAUCAGCGGCCAAGUCUGGCUGGUUUGGCGGUCCCGUCGUCAACCAGGAGGCUGUCAAGAGAGUGACUUCGACCAACACCCGCCCAAACACCUCAUCGGGCGUGGCCAGCGCAGACGUGCGCAGCACACAACAGGCAGUCCAGAAUGCAGCGACGCGCCCAGUCAGCACCCACCAGGUGUCGCGGAGUGUCCAAGGCUCGCGACUCUCAGGCGGCAGCAUGCGAGCGAAGCCCUCUGGAAUCGCUGUGGAGUCUAGGUCAUUCUUGCAGCCAGCACAGAGACAGCCGGGACCCGUCGAUCCAAAAUCUCCCGAUGCCGUCUUUGACCCGUCCACGCGCACCUUUGUGCACAAAAAAGAUGCCAUGGCGCGUCAUCGCGAGCUGCACGAAGAGCCCGAGCAGCCUCCACAGCACUAUGUCGCGCAGCAUUUGGAGGAGCACUAUUCUCCUCGCGCACCUCAGCCGCUGCCACGAACCCCAAGCCCAGUCGGCCGGCCAGCACAGCGCGACGAGUCGCCCGCGGUGCAGAGAAGGGAAGAGAUUGCUCUACCUCGACUAGAUACCACUGCACCACCAACUCGAGGACCAAAUGAUCCCCCAACUGGCAUUCCUGCACAUGUGCCAGAGUCGGCCGCGAGUGAUGUUGCAACAGAGCAAGCGAACACCGGCCGAAAACUCGACAGCACAGCUCAACCGACACAUAUUGACGUGAUGGUCUCGCCAAAGCGGGCACCGAAUCAAGAUGGAGCAUAUCCACGACUGUCAAGUCCGCCUGUUCAAACGACUACUAACACUCUGGUUGGGCAGGGUCGCGGCAGUGUACGCCAUGGGCAUGACCGAGGACAGAGCCUGAGCCCACCUCGAACCGCACAUUUCGCUCCCGUCGCUGUGGAGCUUGCAGGUAUCAAGCACCAGCCCCCGCCGCGAUCCAUCUCGCCUGCGAAAUCUGCUCUGAAGUCAUCCCCGUCAGUCUCGCGGCGAGGAACAUCACCGGUGUCUCAGAAUGGCCGUCUGCUUGGCAGAGGAACACCUAGCGAGGUAUCUGACACAACAUCUGAUGCUGGCUCCAGCAAGAAGAGGCGAAGUGUACGAGUGAGUUUCGAGGAAGAAGCAGCAGUGGCUGGUACCUCUGCAUACGCCGAUACUGCAAGUCCCGCCACUUCUUCGGGCCUUGUUGCAUCGAAGUGGAGUCCGAAGUCCGAAAAGGAGAACGAAUUUGAAGACUUUAUGAAGCCACGCCCCGCUCUUCCCUUGUUUGGCAGCAUACGGGACAAGGAGAAACGGCCAGUACAAGACGAUGUGCCCGAAAAGGUCACCGAGACGGUAUCAUCUACGCCCAUGUCAGCUUCAGUGGGUUCUGUUGGCGAGCCAGUACAAGCUUCUAGUGACCGCGCGAUUGCUGGCAUUGUCAAGCACGAUGUUGCGCAGAAGCAAACGUCGGGCACCGAUCCGCUACCGCCUGAGGUCACAACCGUGGAGGGCAGUGGCUACGUCUCAGAUUCGAGCGAUGACACUGAUAGAAGUACUGCUGCGGAAAAGCAUGGGUCGAUGGACGACUCGUCACAGAUAUUGUCUGCUCCUGAGCCAAAGUCACUGACCACAGCUCCCGAAGACAAGGCCUCUACGCCAUCCUCGAUCAAAGAAAAUGUUAUCGACGUCCCCGAUAUCGCACUGCUACCUGCUACGCCUAGCCCAUAUGAAAAACCCGAGCCCACGUUUCAGCCCUUGGUCAUCCCCGGAGGCUGGGAUGAAAACGUAGUUGAAGCCGGUCGAGAAAGCGAGGUUGCGCCCACGGCGACUGCGAAAGCAGCACAAUCCGCACCAGCCGUUCAGCCUACUCAACACCCUACCAAUCUGCACGAGCUUAUUGCUCGGGACGAGGAGGACUCGAGUGAGGACGACAACAGCAGCGUUUACAGCGAUGCAUACGAAGACUUGGAUGACGGUGGCUUCGCUAGUAUCGAUGCUGUUGUCGAGAGCCCGGUCGCCUCCAAGUCCUCAGGUCUGAUGUUCUCAAGGUAUGCAGACAAGACUACAGCGGAUAAUUCCGGGUUACGGAACGAGACUGUUGUAGAUAAGUCUGAACCAGAUGCCACAUCUAACCAAGAUUGGGACACCACGAAACAACACUGGAGUAGCAUCAACGAAGCCCGAAAGCAGCCACAAGCGGAGUCGGCUUCUUCCAAGGCCCAUACAAGGCUUCAAGCUGUCGUUGCUCCCAUCAAACAAGAGCAACCCAAAGCACAGCGCAAUGUUGGACCACAGUCUGCCCGUACACAGGGCAAGCCAUCAGCAGCACAGUCACAGACCCCCCAAUCCUCUCCGAAACCUCUCAAGUCAGCCUUGAAAAAGGCUGCCGUGCCACAGCCAGCUGUACCAGCGCAAACCCAGCCACACAUACGGAAGACAAUGCGGGAUCAGAUGCCAAGGGACGAUGGAGCCGCACAGCCUCAGAUGAGGACUUCCAUGAGAGGUCCGCCUGGAAGGGACGCUCGUUCAGCGGAGCCUCAGAUGCGGAAGUCCAUGCGCGCAGCGCCACCUGCGGCCCCGCGGGAGCAGACUCAGAUAAGGACAAGCAUGCGCGGAGCAAGUCCUGUCGGACUGGCAGCAUCACGGCAUAGCCAAAAGCCUCCGCGAGCUGCGCUACAGAAGAAGCAUAUUCCGGCUGGCGCUGUUGCAGCAAAACCUCGACCACAGAGUAUGGCCAAUGUGCCUAUGAAGCAGGCUGCUCCGGUCCCCACAUAUGACAGUGACUCGGAUGCCUCAGCAAGCAGCUUCCAGAGAGCUCGCGGUCGACGCUCAGGGAACCAGAACAAUCGCUACACAAUGCGUGCUUCAAUGCGGCAAGACGCCGCGCCAACAAUGAGGGCUGCUGCACCCGCUCCCAAGCAACCGAUUCGAUCAAUCUCGCCUCCUGGGUCUCCCUCUCCGGCUCUAAGAAAGUCCAUGCGGCCCUCUUCACCGACGCCAGAACCACCAAAGUCGUCCAGGUUCAGUAUCCGCUCGCUCUCCCCCAUGGGCAGGUUCAGAAACAGCAAGCCUAUUGAAGCCGGACCACCAACAUCGACUCCCCCAAGGAAACCAUCUGGUUUAAGCAAACAAGUCAAGCAGAAGGCCCCGACUGCCGAGCGCGCAAAACCGGCUUUCAAAAGUCGCUUCGCGGACUCUAGCGAUGAGGAUGACGACGGUGGACCAUCCCGUUUCCAAAGUCGGUUUGCGGACUCAGAUGAUGAUGAGCCAAGCGGUUACACACUGCCCCAAGGACUGACCCCCGUACGAGGCAUCCCAAGAAAAGCUGGCGAGGAGGAUGGGGACUCCACGGACCUUGAGGAGGAGCUAGAUGAUGCGCCUAUUCCUGUUUCUACUCCGACGAAAGCCACGGUUACCACACCAGCUGCCAAUGGUGGUGCAAACGGACAAGGUGCAACCCUAGCGAGCGGCUCCUUGCGCGACAGCAAGCACGCCUCAUUGCCCGCUUUCGAGGGAGGCGGCAAAUCGAAAGCAAAGCGAGGCUUCUUCGGCCUUGGAAAGAAGAGGACCACUGCUUCCCCAGCUAGCGCACCUCAGUCUACCCGCCAAUCCGCGGAGAUUCCAGAACCUAUCAAGGCAGCUUCUUUCGACAUACCCGCCCCUCCCCAGCACCGCAACCGCGACCAAAGCGCUCCCCUUACCCCCAUCGACGAGGACAAAGACUUUGGCACUUCGGCGCAGAACUCACCCCAAGUCGGAAGAUCUCCCAAGCUGCAACGUCACUCAACUCCCGAAUGGCCACUCCCGCGCAACAACAUUCCCAUCCCACCGAUCCCCGAAGAUGAUAUUCGCCCUAUGAGCUCAGACGGCAUCGCACCGCGCAGACCGCGCUUCGCCCUCCGAACGGCCAGCCAGAUGUCAACUGCCACGGCCCCGGACAUGGCGGGACGGUCCGUCUCAUAUGGCAAGACCGGGAAGAAGAAGAAGUUCCAGGGUCUAAGGCGCGCUUUUGGCCUCAAAGACUGA